AGAAAAAAAAGGAAUUAAGAGAUCCCCAAACUACCCAUUCCACAGCCCAAAAAGACAACCCCCGUCGUUCUACCUUUUCUUCUUCAGCCCCCUUAAAAACAAAUCAUCCAGCCAUCAUCGAUCCUCGUCCUCCUUUCGCCAAAAAUACAUUCAUCGAAAUCCUCCAGUCAGGCUCACCGUUUCUCCGUUUCUAAUUGGGCUCUUUGAGGAUUUCCGGCGGUCAAUUGGUGCAGAUGGUUUCCCCCGCCGCUCAGCCCUCGAUCCUCACACCAUUGGUAGAGAGUUUCAGGGGUUGGCUUUGCAAGUGCCACGAUUAAAAAAAAAAAAAAACUUUGAUGAUUCAAGAGGCAUAAUUGGCCAUCCAUGCACAUGGAAGUGUUGGGACAAAGCUGAUUCGCCAAUCAUAUACUCCAGCAUCAAACGACUUAAAAGGCCAAAAAGAAGUGAGCAACGCCCAAAGUUUCUUCCACGAAAUUCGUUGUUUCAGAUUGGACAAAAUUUGAUCGAGGUUGCCGCGGAGUCGAAUCUGACGAUCGUCGUUCAAUUUGUAUACGCAAUGCAGAAAGUUCAACCCACCAGCGGCUAUUCUGCAUUAAUCAUGAAUUCUGGGGACAACUGAAGAUUAUAAACGGUUCACUCAGGUUUGAGUUGUACUUUAAUUGUGAAAUCUAAUUGAAUUAGUAGUUGCAGUAAAUACAUCUUUUUUCUUCCGUUCUAUCAACUUUUCGGCACCAGCCCCAGUCAGCCCUCAAGAGAAGAGUUUUACCUGUUUUGGUUCCCGUAAAUCAGAAUAUAAACUACCAAUGCCGGUCAAAUUAACAGCCGGACGUUGUAUCCAUGCCGCAAUUAGAUAUCUGCUUUGAUCCAGCAUUUGAUUUCGGACGCUGAGAAGGGACAAAUUAAUGUUCCUUUUGGUUUGUAAACUGUUAAUUCAUUCUAGCUUGAGGAUUCAAUUGUAGUUGAGCAAAGCUCUUGGUGAUUGGUAAGUCGUGGGGUGGAGAUGGCCAUGGCGGUGGAAUUGGCAGGGAAGUGGAUUGGCGUGCCGUCAUCCAAGGUAUUUUUUUCCGUUGGAAUUUGUGUUCUUCGUGAUAGGAUUUAGUUCCCUGUCACUUACGACUUCAAAAGUUCUAUCUUAUGGUAAUCAUAUGGUGUCUUAAUCUGUCUACAAUUUCUGUAUUUUUGGUCAAACAAACAUUUAUCUAGAACUUGGUAGUUGGUUCACCUUACACUUUCUUGGAAAGAUGACCUCCGAGUCUAUAAUUUCUUGCGACUUCUUUCUAAAAUUAUUCUCAAUCAAUCUUACAGCUAAUACCUUUGUUUCGCUUUUCUUGUCAAUUUGAACUUAAAACUUUCAGCAAGUGGUUUCUGCAGAAGACCAGACAUGAUGGCAUAUUCUCUUAUUCCAUUUCCUUUCUUUCUGAUUCCUCUUCCCACAUCUUGGUUCUGGUUUGUUAAUCUCCAAGUUUUCAAGUUUCUUCUUUGCUCAUGACUUGUUCAUUUGUUUCUAGGACUCAAUAACUUAUUGAUGGCUUAUAACGAUAAGUCAUCCUUCUCUCUUUGCAUUUUUCCCAUUGCUCUAGGGCCCAAUGUAGAGCCUAUAACUUUCCUCGGGAAAAUGCCGGGAGAACUUGUUCCUGCAAGGGGACCCAAAGAUUUUGGAUGGGAUCCAAUAUUUCAGCCAGAUGACGAUGAUCAAAUGUAUGCUGAGGUGGCAAAAGAAGAAAAGAACAAAAUCUCACACCAUUCUAGGGCUGUAUCACUGGCCAAAUCCCAUUUUGCAGAGGUUGGAUAUGUUUUGCAAACUGAUAACAGUAGGAGAGGAUGAGCCUUGUCUGACCUUGGCAGUGGAUCGGUCUACAAUGUUAUUCAGAAUUUAAAAACUCAAUUAAACAUCAUGAAAAUGGUUCAUUGUUAAUUGCUUUUUGAGUUUUCAAAAUUAUAGCUUAGAUGUUUGAACUUUGAAAUUCAUCUGUAGGCUAUACAAUUGGAGAAUUGGAGAUUAGCACAUCUAAAUGAUUGAAUCCGAUGUUAAUUAUUCUUCUUUAGAUUGAAAAUUUUCAUUAGGGACCGUAAGUGUGGUCAGUCGGUCUUUCCGAUAUAUUAAGGAAUGAUGUACAAUUAGAAGCUUCAAAUGCAGGGAAAGGAAUCAAAAUUGCACAAGAAGCACUUCUACCAAGUAAAUGGAGGCCUUUUUCAUUGAGAGUUCUUGAAUUGCUUAAUUAUUUGGAAUUCUUCCCUCAAGUACAG